AUGAGUGGGUUCGUGCAGAUGCCCCCUCCCGUCCAAGAUCGACCCGCUGGCAACAAUCAAGGACGUCCAGGCCCAUCAUGGCAACGAGGCGGAACAACCACGGCCAAGGGGGAUCGAUGCACUCAGUGUAUCGUGGGUCGUAAGGGCUGUGAUGGAACGAAGCCGGUCUGCGUAAACUGUCGGAGGAGACCCGAACGCUGUCGAUAUCCUGAAGGACGCCCCUCCAGAACCCAAGUUUUGAGGAUGCUGGAAGAAGAGCGCCAGCAAAACAACAGACAACAAGAAAUAGCCGAGGCCGGGGAUGAUCAUGGCGCUGUCAUUCUACAGAAUGAUUUGACCAGAGGCAUUGAUGCUGGCGCCCUACUGGUCGUCAACACACAGCAGGAACAAGAUGUCUUUGUGCAGGGCCAAAGAAGACUCACUCAAGGACAAAGAGAAUGGGAGUCUCAGUAUCAAGUGCUGUUGCCCAAUUUUCGCCAAGCGCAGGGAGGGUUUGUGUCACUUGUCCAGCCUUUUCAGCAAGCACCAGCCCACCAGCCUGUGUCAAGGCCGACUUGGACGCAGGGCGCCGCAGUCCCAGUCCCGCAGCCACCCCGACGAACCCGUUUCACUGAGACAGAGCGCCUGGAACAAGUCCGAGAGAGAGUGCUUCAAAGCACAAGAGCAUACCUGCGAAGAGAAAGAGAAGCUCGGCUACGGCAGGAGAGUGCCCAACAGGCAAGAGACAUUGUCAUGGAAGAUUAG